CUUCCGAAUAGCCGGAACGCAAAAUCCUCUGACGGUCUGACCUCGCCGCCGGAGAACACCCUGACUCAGUGACCCCGCACCAACUGCGAUGGCGGCAGCGGCGGCGGCGGAAGCGCCGAGCGCAUCGGCCUCUUCCGCCGGGAACCACAGGCUCCUGCAGUCCCUCGCGGACCGAGGAUGGCGCUUUCGCGACCCCACCGACGAGGCUAUCCAGGCCCUGCUCCUGGCUUCCCCCACGCCGUCGCCGGAGGCCAUGGAGUCAGAGCUCGUUGACAUGGACUUGAGGUCGUUCGGCGGCAAGUCGCCACCGGACCGCGCCACCACCGCCGCCACGGCGAAGCGGCUUUCGUACCUUCACGGCCCCAUCGUGCUGCAGGUAGUCUCUGUAAGAGAUAUAUAUCGCAGCAGCAUUGAUGCCUCCUUCAAGAACCCGCAACAGCGUCGUCUUCUGCGCUUUGGUCUCACUGAUGGGACAUGUGAAGCAGUUGCCAUAGAGUUUACUCCUAUCCCAUUCAUCACUGAAGAGAUAGCGCCAGGUACCAAGGUUCGCCUUGAGAAUAAAAUUCCAAUCAAUAAUGGUAUAUUGUGCUUAAGUGCGAAAAAUGUGAGAGUCAUUGGGGGGACUGUCCAAUCAUUGUAUGAAGAAUGGCAGAUGAACCAGAAAUACUCUGGCUUAUCUCGUCCAUCUUUGAGGUUGUCUCAAAGUGAUGAUGGAGCUGGACCUCCACCAUUUGAAAAGUUAGACAUUGAAGCACGUCCCUGCAGGACAACCAAAGUUCAACCGUAUCCUGCUAUUAAGUUGGCAGUUACUCAUGACCACGUGCCAGUUAAUUCCGGUGGCAAACCAAUGAAUGAGGGUUCGAAUGAUGUAUACAAAGACACUACAAAAAGCAAGGUUGAAUCCACUCAAGAUAGCAGACCAAAAGAAGUCAGUGAAACAGUUCCUGUUCAAAACCAAGCUGCUGCACAGAAGCUACUGCAGAAAAUGUCGCAGGCUGUGCCUGAAGGCAGGCAUGGUCGGGGUCAUAGAUUCAAGGGCAAAGGUAAGGAAGAAGAUGCUCAGGUUUUUACCCUUGACGAAUGGGAGAAGAGGAAGGCCAUUGGUUCAAAGUCCACCUCAGAAAGCUAUAUGCAAGACACUAGCCGAGAUGAGGAACUGGCAAGGCAACUGCAGGAACAACUAGACCUAGAAGAUAUGCAUGGUGGGGCAGAUGUUUUCCAUGGCAGGCCAGAGAGUUCAGAUGCUGAACGUUUACGGAUGAGCAUGUUCAGCUUCAGUGGCCCUGAUGAAGCAGGUGGUGGUAGAAGAGAGUUUGGAGGAUGGGGGCGGGGCAGGGGAAGGGGCCGAGGGCGAGGUCGGGGCAGGGGAAGAUUUUAGUCCAGUAACGGAAUUGUAGGUUUAUGAGUUUGUUGUGUGUAGGAGUAAUAGCGGUAUGAUGAUGACCUCCUCAAAUCAUGUUCUCAUUUUCUCUAGCCGGAUGGGAAAUUUAGGAAAAAAUUGUAUACUUCCAUGGAAAUUUUGUUCUAUUCUUCGAUGCACGACAGCACGAGAAUAGACACAUGAUUUGAACUUUGAAGAAUGAAUUCAAGUCCAAAUUUCCAUGACUUUAA